AUGCCUCACUCUAUAUCCACAGACGACAACGCGUCUCGGAAUCAGGUGCCAUUUUGGACAGCGGAUAACCUCGUUAACACCGAGCAGAUUCCCACGUAUCUCUUUCGUCUCACUGCCCCUUCGACAGACGGAACAACUACUGAAUCCUAUGUUUGCCCCCCUAAACCGCUGAAUGAGAACUUUCUCGAUCUUGAAAGAUGCGAUGCAGUUGAACGUCUUCUUCAACACAUGGAACCGGUUUAUGGACAUGAGACUGAUUGCAACUUUAUGAGUUGGUCCAGUUCCCUCCUAUUCCUGAUCAAGUACGCUUUCUAUCGAUAUACAAAGUGGUGGGAGGAUAGGGAUUUCAAUAAUAUCAAAAUUUUUGUUAUUGAUACCAGAAAUAUGCCAAAGGGCGUAUUUGCCAAAGAUAUAGACUUGCUCAGCGUCCUGAACACAGCUUGCGACUGCAAGUCUCAUAAAGACCUCAAAUAUUUCAAUAGGAUGCGUAACGGAAAAUAUUAUUUCGGGGAAUAUCUCACUCAGGGAGAUAAACGGAAUUGGAGCAAAUGGGCAAACCCUGUUAUGUGGUCUCGUACCCAUCUCUAUUACCGCAAUAAUGCACCACCUGCAUCAAAAGAAGAGGUCUACGCUGCCAUCGCUAUCGCCAAAACCCUGUUCGACGGCCCUUGGUCGCUGCAUGUUGCUGCCAUGCUACUUGGAUUUAAGCCCCGACAGAGGAAUGACCCCGUUAUUCUUAAAUUCUUCAUGGAAGAAUACGGAGACUUAUUCCAACAAGAGGAUAUCAUUCGAGACAUCAGAUCACAGGAACUCAUCAUAGAUAGCAAACGAUUGCCGGAAGUAGAGCAAUACCAGAACAUCAUUGAUGAUAUUUCUUCGGUUGUGCUGGGAAAUGACGAGCCAGGAUUCUCGGAUACUGACAACUCUACUGACAAUGAUUCAACAUCUGUUGAUGAUUUGGCUACGGCGUACGAAAGGCUCUCGAUGUGA